UUUUCGUCUGUAUUGCAAUUGCGUAGUAUUUAAAGGCAACACUCACAAUAAGCACUAAUUUGAUAACAACUCAACUUUAGAACUUUACCGAUUAAAUUAAAGUCAUAAUAGAUAAUUGUGUCAUUGUCAGCUUUACAACCAUCAAGACUAAUCAUUCAGAAUAAAUUUAUAUCCCGUCAAUUCCCGCAAAUCUGUUAGAACCACAAGAAAACUCAGUCAUCACAAAAAUGAGUCACGAAAAUUUGUCAAUCUUCCCGCAAGAAAUUUUAAUACACAUUUUUUCCUACUUACCAUCAUCUGACUUGAUAUCCCUUAGUGAGACAUGCGCUUCAUUCCACUGUGCGAUCAACAGCUGCAAUGCUUUGAUGAGAAAAUUCAAAAUUUUCAUAUUUGAUCAUAAAAAAAGCUUCGAAUGGACACCGACGAGGAAAUAUAUUAAAAUAUCAAUCGACAGUCAAAGUUUUGAGGAUUAUUUGAAGAUUUUUGAGUAUGUUGGAAGUGAUUUAGAGGUUUUGGAGAUCCGAUACAGCUCAUUUGACUUGAAAGUUUUGAGGGAGAUUUUGCUGAUGUGCGAAAAUGUCAAGGAAAUUUACAUACAAGCUAUAAGUCUGACUGUCUACCUCUCAGAUCCGAUUGAGCCAAUGCCAAGUUUGACAUUAAAGAAAUUUUUCUUCCUGAACCUCGAACCUGAAUCUAUUGAUGUCUUGAAGAUCUUCCAUAAUUCAUCAAUAGCUGACGUGGAAAUGAUUGGCAAUUUUAAGCGUCCACAGAUCCUCAAGACAUUUUUAUCAUCCCAAACUGACCUAAAGAAAUUCCACCUUCACAACAAACUUGAUGUGCUUCUUUUAUUUGAUGACAAUUCACUAUCAAAUCCAAGCUUCAAGCUUCAGAGUCUGAAACUUGACAACUUCGACCUUUACACACAACUUCCAUUUUUCAGCAAUUUCAUUCGCAGUCAAUCAGAAUCUUUAGAAAUCUUCGAGACAAAUCAAUGGAAAGUUUUCAAUUUGUUGGGAAAUUUAAAAAACCUAAAGACUGUGACAAUUCCAUCUAUGAGAUUCACAAAUCCAGAACCAUUCAGAACAGUCGAGAACCUAACAAUCAAUGUGGAUGUCAGUGAAGGCUGGGCAAGGCAGUUCCCAAAUGUAAAGAACUUAAAGCUUCAUCAAAUGUCCGAUUAUGAAUACAACACAACAGCAGAAGCUCAGACGUUCAGUUCCUUAGAAGAUCUUGAGAUCCAGUACAAUACAGUCGUAGACCUAAACAUUCCAACUGUCAAAAGACUUAAACUGUGCUACUUAUCAAAAUUAGAAGCUGGACGUCCAUUUGAUUAUGAAAACUGUAAAAAACUUGAAGAAUUGACGAUAAUUCGAUGUAGCGAUGCUGAGUGGCUUGCUGAAUAUUUAGAGAGAGUUGAGACAAAGCUGAGAUUGUUGGUAAUCCAGAGCACUAAGCUGAGCGAAUGCUGUUUAGGAGUUAUUGAAAAGAAUCGACAAAAGAUUGAAAAUUUGGAAAUAUUUUAAUAAUUUUUUCGUUAGCUUUUAAGUUUGAAAAUUGUAAUAAAGCUGCACUGACAUUGCGAUUCAAAAGUUUCAUGACCGUUAAA